CGUCUCAUAUAGUAUGCAAGUAAUUUUAGCUGUUGUAGUUUUGUUCUCCUUUUAUUGUGAAUUAUAACAACAUAUGCUAACUUCGUCAUGUCUGAGGAAGGAGAGGACAGUGACACUGCCGAACAAGUGCCGGGUCUUGCGGCUGAUUCCUGCAUGUUUUAUCUCUCUCUUGCGCACACGCCUGCCGGCGGGCUCGGGGAGUGGGGAUGCGCCCAGAACCCGCAAGGGCCGCCCGGGAUCGCCCUUCUUUCCCAGUCUGAGGAGCUCAGCGAAAGCGACGCCUCGCCGCCAAAGUUAAUUCAGCGCUUUAAACAGUCAGGUACUUUAUUUCGGCAACCACAAAACGUGCAAAUAACUAUCUCGGAAGGAAAAUAUGCGGUUUUCUCGGAGCGCGGCGGGAAGCAGCAGCAGAUGUUUGGCUUUGAGGAAAACUCCUGCCGGAUUCAGGACCAGGGACAGCGAUCUUCACGUCAGCAGGACUCCGCGGAGUAUGAAAACCACUGUUCGGGCUCUCUAGACUCCUUAUACAACCGGGCUUCUCAGCAAGCGGCGGAGGCAGGCAGUGCCAAGGCCAUGCACCGGCGUCACACCACCCUACGGGAGAAGGGUCGUCGGCAGGCGGUCCGUGGGCCGGCCUACAUGUUCAAUGAGCGCGGCACCAGCCUGACCGCUGAGGAGGAGCGCUUCCUGGACGCCGCCGAGUACGGCAACAUCCCCGUGGUGCGCAAGAUGCUGGAGGAGUCCAAGACACUCAACGUCAACUGUGUGGACUACAUGGGCCAGAAUGCAUUGCAGCUGGCGGUGGCCAAUGAGCACCUGGAGGUGACAGAACUGCUGCUGCUAAAGGAGGGCCUGGCCCGUGUGGGCGACGCCCUCCUCCUCGCCAUCAGCAAGGGCUAUGUACGCAUCGUGGAGGCCAUCUUGGGCCACCCGGCCUUCGCGGGCGGGCUGGAACGCGAGCUGCACAAUGACGACUUCUACGCCUACGACGAGGACGGCACACGCUUCUCGCAUGACGUGACUCCGCUGGUGCUGGCUGCGCAGUGCCAGGAGUAUGAGAUUGUGCACAUCCUGCUGGUGAGGGGCGCGCGCAUCGAGAAGCCUCACGACUAUUUUUGCAAGUGCGCGGAGUGUGGUGCACGACAGCGCCGUGACCCCUUCAGCCACUCGCGCUCCCGCAUGAAUGCCUACAAGGGCCUGGCCAGCCCCGCCUACCUCGCCCUGUCUAGUGCAGACCCCGUUCUCACCGCCCUGGAGCUCAGCAAUGAACUGGCACGGCUUGCUAACAUCGAGACCGAGUUCAAGAACGAUUACCGGAAGCUGUCCAUGCAAUGCAAGGACUUUUUGGUGGGGGUGCUGGAUCUGUGCCGGGACACGGAGGAGGUGGAGGCCAUCCUGAAUGGGGACGUGGACCAGGCCCCCCUGGGUGAUCAUCACCGCCCCUGCCUGAGCCGUGUUAAGCUGGCCAUCAAGUACGAGGUCAAGAAGUUCGUAGCCCAUCCCAACUGCCAGCAGCAGCUUCUCACCAUCUGGUAUGAGAACCUGUCAGGGCUCCGUCAGCAGUCCAUCGGCGUGAAAUGCUGGACUGUGCUGGGAGUGACUGUGGGGCUCCCAUUCCUGGCCAUUGCUUACUGGAUCAUGCCUUGCAGCAAGCUUGGUCAGAUACUCCGCAGUCCCUUCAUGAAGUUUGUGGCCCACGCCGUCUCCUUCACCAUCUUCCUGGGCCUUCUGGUGCUCAAUGCCUCAGACCGCUUUGAGGGGAUCAAGACCCUCCCCAACGAGACCGUCACUGACCACCCCCGGCAGAUCUUUCGGGUGAAGACCACUCAGUUCUCCUGGACUGAGAUGCUCAUCAUGAAGUGGGUCCUUGGUAUGAUCUGGUCGGAGUGUAAGGAAAUCUGGGCAGACGGGCCUCGAGAAUACGUGAUGCACCUGUGGAACGUGCUGGACUUUGGCAUGCUCUCCAUCUUCGUGGCGUCCUUCACAGCUCGUCUCAUGGCCUUCCUGAAGGCCUCGAAGGCCCAGCUAUACGUGGACCUGCAUGUGCCCAACAAUGACCUUAGCAAUGCCUCCCUGCCGGCUGAAGUGGCCUACUUCACCUACGCCAGGAACAGGUGGAGACCCUCAGACCCCCAGCUGAUCUCGGAGGGCCUCUACGCCAUCGCGGUGGUGCUCAGCUUCUCUCGCAUCGCCUACAUCCUGCCCGCCAACGAGAGCUUCGGCCCGCUGCAGAUCUCCCUGGGCCGCACCGUCAAGGACAUCUUCAAGUUCAUGGUCAUCUUCAUCCUGGUGUUCGUGGCCUUCAUGAUCGGCAUGUUCAACCUCUACUCCUACUACCUGGGAGCCAAAUAUAACCCCGCCUUCACCACAGUGGAGGAGAGCUUUAAGACCUUGUUCUGGUCCAUCUUCGGCCUGUCUGAAGUAAUCUCGGUGGUCCUGAAGUAUGACCACAAGUUUAUAGAGAACAUUGGCUAUGUGCUCUAUGGAGUCUACAACGUGACCAUGGUGGUUGUCCUCCUCAACAUGUUGAUCGCUAUGAUCAAUAACUCCUACCAGGAGAUUGAGGAGGACGCUGACGUGGAGUGGAAGUUCGCCCGCUCUAAGCUGUGGCUGUCCUACUUUGACGAGGGUCGCACCCUCCCACCCCCUUUCAACCUGGUUCCCAGUCCCAAGUCCUUUUACUAUCUGGUGCUGCGGUGUAGGCAGUGUGUGGUGCACCUGUGUAAGGCCAAAGGCAAGAGCCACGAUAGCGAAGUGGAGAUGGGCAUGCUUAACUCACGCGCUAAGGGUCGAUUCCGAAUGUAUCCCAGAGGCCGGGAUGAAUUAACACUGAAAAAGCCAAUUACACACCCAACUCGAUACCAGAAAAUCAUGAAGCGGCUCAUUAAGCGUUACGUGCUGAGGGCCCAGGUGGACAGAGAGAAUGACGAAGUCAACGAAGGUGAGCUGAAGGAGAUCAAACAGGACAUCUCCAGCCUCCGCUAUGAGCUCCUGGAGGAGAAGUCCCAGGCCACGGGGGAACUGGCCGGCCUCAUUCAGCAGCUUAGCGACAAGUUUGGGAAGGAUCCUGAGCUGCCAUGAGGCAGAAACGCCUGGCCAGGAGCUCCUGUCAAGGAUGCCCUGAAGCAGGCAGUGAAGCAGGCAGUGAAGCAGGCAGUGAAGUGGCACAAACCCCUGUUCCAAGCCUGGAGCAUUCCUGGGUUCCUUUUUACACCUUAGAAUUAACUAUGUGGUCCACUGCACCAAAAGAACCCACAUAUAUCAUUUUAGUACCUCAGUGGGAUCUUCAAACCACACUGGUUGAUGCGUAAAGAAGAAAUCAAAGGUCCUAAUGGUUCACCUGGAUUAUUAUUAUUCUGCAAGAUACAAGUGUAGCACAUGGGGAAGGCGGCAAAAGUUAAAGGACGUAAUGACUUGGAGAACAAAGGUAAAAGAAGGAAUAGCCUGACAUCUGUUCUGAUUAACGGCAAACAGAGAUGGUUACUGGACUGGAUCGGACUGGCAGAGAGAAGCACCAAGGUUGCUAUAAGGGCAAAUUGUUCAGCACCUCUGCUGUUGAGAGGAAGCAGUGUGGCAGCAGGGGUGUUUGUGUGUGUGAGGGUUUAAAUUGCGUUGAGGGGCACCAUCUGUCACAAACCACUCGCAGCUCUUAGAGCUCAACACGUUACCAUACAGACUUUUUGUGCAGCACAUGUAUGUAUCUGUGUGGCUGCGCAGGGUUUUUUUUGUGCACAGCUCUGUAAACACCGUGCACAAUUUCACUAUUGCUUUCUGUCUGGCCUAAUUAAACCUCUAGAGGGAGAGAAAAGGUGGAGAGAGCAUCACCAGCACAACAGAAGGGGAACCACUGUGACAGCUCGGCUAGGUCAAUACGCACCUUAGACAACCAGCUCGGUGUUCAGGACCUACUGUAAAAAUCCUCUGCCUAUAUCUUCUGAAGCAUCUCUCUGCAAAGGCUGUCUAAUUAAUUGAGCCUUUCUGACAUGCAAAGACUAUCUUCACAGGUCGAUCCUUUGUCAGUCAGCACUUUGCAAAAGCAGAUGCAGGUGAGGUCUCACACAGACUACCUGGCCAAUGGGCUUUGCUCCGAAUCACCGGGAAAGGGAGAGACUGCCCUUAACUGCAGGUAUGAUUGAUGUAUGAAGAUACAUGCAUUUCAGUCUGCCCUCAAUGAAACAAGUUUUUUGCAUUCAGGUAAUACUUAGUUACUGACUCCAAACACUGUUUCACAAUGCCUUUGACAAUUUUUCUUUGUUGCGUUAAGAAAAAAAAUCUGUGGGUGCCACCUUUACAAAUAGCAAAUGAAAUCUUUGUAAAAAAAAUAAUAAUAAUAAUAAAUAAAUAAAAAGCUGUUUGUAAAUAAAAAGAAUGAAAUAGAACUGACUGCCUAAUCUCAUAGCAAAGUGGAUAGACAUUCUAAAUACACUACUGUAUUUUUCAAUAGGGGAAAAUAUUUUAAAAACUUGUAUAUUGUAUUUUCAGCAUUAAAUUAAUCGAUAUAAAACUGAGCCAUAGUGCGAUUUCAAAAUAUU